UUAUAUAAAGCGAAAAUUUCUCCGAUUUGUCUUAUUUGAAGCAAAAUGCUCUUGUUUGACUACAGGAUGGUCGAGGGCCAACCCCUCCACUACGUCUACCAACCCGACUACUUCUACCCCUACAAAAUGGAAAUUAACGACGACCUAAUCGUCCCCAGCUCGCCCAACAGCACACAGAGUGACAGUGACAACUCCCUAUCCAGCAUCGAAGUCUCCCCGAAACCGAUCCGCGCCAGGAGCGUCAUCCAACACACCCCCAAAAACGAGGUCCGCUGCGGCUGGAAGUCCUGCGGGAUCACGUUCGAUUCCCUGGACCAACUCGCCACGCACGUGACGAAAAUCCACGCGUCCAGCGGUCCCGGGGGCCUCUUCUACUGCGGCUGGGAGGGCUGUUCCCGCAACAGCAAGGGUUUUAACGCCAGGUAUAAGAUGUUGGUGCACGUGCGGACGCACACCAACGAGAAACCGCACCAGUGCUGCCAAUGCGAGAAAUCCUUCUCGCGCGCCGAAAAUUUGAAAAUCCACUCGCGGUCGCACAGCGGGGAAAAACCGUACGUGUGUCCGGUCCCGGGGUGCAACAAGGCCUACUCGAAUUCCAGCGACCGGUUCAAGCACACGCGGACGCACCAGGUGGAGAAGCCGUACCAGUGCAAGGUGCCAGGGUGCCCCAAGCGCUACACCGACCCCAGCAGUCUCCGGAAGCACGUCAAGACGUACAAGCACUUCGUCGAUAAGGUGGACGAGAACGCCAAAAGUAACAGUAUUGAGAAGGUGCAAGAGGGGCAUUCGUGCGAUUGCACGCACAUGUGCUGCGCGGGGAAGGACAAGGCCCGGUUUGGGGGUCUGAUCGGGUACAGCCGGGCGGAAAGUCCGUACUUUUUCGCGCCCGGGACGGAAAUGGACGUGGACGUGCCGCUGGAUUUGAGUAUUAAUAGGAAAGUUUGACCGAGUAUUGUUUGUUAGAGUAGGACGUAUUUAUUUUAUUUAAUUUUGUUAAUGGCAAUAAGACAUUGUGAUAACCUUUUUAUAUUUAUUGAUGCCUAUUUAAUAAAAACUAAAACAGU